AGGGAAACGAGAUGAAGCUCUGCUCCUGCUCAGCCACACAAUUGCCCCGCUUCAGGCUGCAAGUCUGACAACAUGCACUCUCAACUAUCCACCAUCCUGUAGAAAGUCCAGACUUAUCUUGUCCAUUCAGGAGUGCCAGUAACGAUUUGGUCGUAACGCGGAAGUCGACCUGCAGUGCUUGUCCUGUACUCUUCUUUCUAUCCGAUGCUGAUUGCAAAGCACUCCCUCUUUAUGGUAACCCCCGCGAAGACACAAUGAACGGUAGCAAUAGCAAGGGCAGAAAGCGACAUACGAGACUCUCCGAUGAGUGCGAGCUCACAACCAUGUUCGACGAGUUAGGCGUCGAGGUUAUUGAAACACAAGAAAGGAGAACAGAGCCCACGUCCGCAAAACGUCAUGUGGAGCACACAUCCCCAAGAGUACGAGUCAACGGUGUGAGCCUCAAUGGGUUCGCUUUGUGCGAUGGUUGUAGGAGUCUCAAUCUGCCUGACCUGAUGCGCUCGUUCACCGACUUUGACGAGAGCGGGAUGCCAGAUCCAUGGUCCAACUGUUGGCCAUCUGUUGUUCAGGUCGGUAAUCGAUACAGGGAUCUGGGAGACUCAACAUGCACUCUAUGCCCAAUUCUAUCUGCGUCUCGUAUAGAAUCAGGCGGAGGACCACUGACUGAGGAAGAAUUCUCAGAAGUCAAAGGCAUGGGCGAGGAAUUAGCUGCGAUAACCUUCCCCCGACCCCGUCCACACUCUUCGCCUUGGGUUGGCCCACCUCUAUCUGUAGGUCUCGUACUCUGUCCUAAAGGUUUCUCGAAAAGCGCGGGUCGAGAUCUCGGGAGGCAUGCCAUGUCCAAGGGCUGCGCGACUAUAGUUAUGGAUACGGAUAUGAUGAAACCACCAAUGUUCACCCCACGACUGAUACCUCGACUGUUCGAUCCUUAUUUUAUUAAACCAUGGCUAGAUCACUGUUUUACAUGGCAUCGUCCAUCUUGUGGGAUGAAACCCCUACCAGUACGGGGAGUCAAUGUCAUUGACUGUGCGACACUGACGAUCGACAAAUGCGAUGCUAACACUCCCUACGUCGCUUUGAGCUACGUUUGGGGCAGUACUGGAACCAUUCCUGAGGGACCUCGAAUGUUAAAUGGGAGCAAAUUGCUCCCCCGAAAGCUGUCUGCAGUCAUUCGAGACUCGAUUGAGGUUACCAAAGCUCUCGGCUUCCGCUACCUGUGGGUAGACAGGUAUUGCAUCGACCAAGACAGACCGGAUCUGAAGCAUGACCAGAUACGUCAGAUGGAUGCAAUCUAUCGUAACGCCGAGCUUACGAUCAUCGGCGCUGCUGGGGUAGACGAGACACAUGGUCUGCCAGGAGUUGGCAGUAGAGCUCGUUCCCCCCAGUUAUACACCGAGAUCGGGAAUAUAACAGCAAUGUGGAGUCCCAAAGAUCCCCAAAUAGCGAUCGCUAAGUCGCACUGGUCUACACGCGGAUGGACAUUCCAAGAAGCGUUUCUCAGCCGUCGUCGAUUAGUAUUUACAGACGAUCAAGUCUACUUCGAGUGUAACGUCAUGCACGGCUGUGAAGGCGCUCACGAUUCCUUCGAUAAACUAAUUGUCCAUGGAGGAUUCAGCACCAUCCCCUUUGGCCCUCGAAUGUUUGGGAAGAGCCAAGUACAGCAGUACAGCGUGCUCAGUCGAGACGAUCCUUACCAAGAUGACACAUUUCGAGCGUAUAUUUCCGCUGUCGAGGAAUACACAACCAGAGACCUGCGAUUCGAUGAGGAUUCAAUCAACGCCUUCCGCGGAAUUCUCCGAGACUUUGCAAAUCAGGACGAUCCCCUCGACGAAGUCUGGGGAAUGUGCUAUUCGCGACGCGGCGGAAACCCGUACAUGUUUUUCAGUUAUGCCCUAACGUGGAUACACAAAGACAACGGUAAACCACCGCGACCCCGUACCGAGUUUCCCUCGUGGACCUGGGCUGGCUGGGCAGGACAGGUGGAAUACAGCCUCAGCUCCGCCUCGCGCCGAAUUGACUACAUGAACGAUCUAAAUACAAGAGAAUUCGGGUUUCUAGACUCAGACCUCCAUUUCGUCGAUCUCGCAAACGUAACUCUGGAAGGCAGGUACCCGAUACUACACAUCAAGGCCGCGAUAGUCAGAUUAGCACCAAACGCCUAUAAUGCCCAAAACAGAAAGAUACCCUGGGUCGUCAAGUUCGGAAUGAAAGCCAACACGAAAAAGUUCGGGGCGAGUCUCUCAUGGUCUGCGGAUGCCGAAGCCCACGCUAUGUUCCUUGAGAGCUAUACGGACCGAAAGCGCUGGAACUGUAUUUUCAUCGGCAGUGUGCUCAACGUUUCGUUUGUGAUGGUGUUGGAGGCGCGUCCGAAGACCCGGACGUGGCAGCGCGUUGGUAUGUUUUCAGUGCCUGUGUACUAUUCGGACAUUAGUCCGCAUCUGUACUGGGAGCAGUACCGCGCUUAUGACAUCGUGUAGAGGACGCGCAAAGAUCUAUGGAGAGCUGGUCUUAUUUGUCAGUGUUCCAGGCACACACACUUGAGAAACAGAGUUCACCAUACUAUUGAGG